AUGGGAACGCCUCUACACGAAAAGGCAUCGCUGGCCAUCGUCGCGGAUUUCAUUAAGCGUGAUGACAUGGACGGGCUCAAGGAGUACAAGCACGGCCGUCUCAGCUCUCAACGCAAUUCGUAUCAAAUGGCGAAGAAUGCAAUUGAGUUGGAUGCCGAAAUUGAUGUGUCCUCUUGCCAACACUCGUCUAAAGCGUUUGGACCACUUCUUGAAGAGAUAUAUGAUUUGAUGGCAAGAAUCCAAUCUCCGAACCCUAUUCAGAGCCCUGUUCAGGGUUCUCUACAAAAUCCGGUCGUGGAUGAUGCGCAGUUCCACGCCACGACGCAACGCCUUCAAGCAUCUGUCGAUACAGCAAUACACAUAACGAGGGGCACCGGAUUGCGAGGGCAACAUUACGUGGAUGGGGCUGUUGCUGCACUCAACGCGCAUCUUGCGACGGGAGGAUUAGAGCAGGUACGAGCACCUAUUGUCAAGGACGACGGCAUGCACGGUGUGCUCACGGGGUUGUCUUUGAUGCCGUAG